AUGUCCAGCACGAAGCGAAAUGGCGAGCGAUGGGUGUCGGUCGAGGGUUGGGUGGAGGUGUGGAUUGUCGUUCGUUCGUUCUACGAAGCGCUUUGGGGGGUGGGCUAUGUCAGCGGUGACCCAGUAGCCGAGAUGAGGCUAGGAAACCUCGACAAGAAACAAGACAAUACCCAAAACCGAACGGGGGGUGGUCGAAUGGAGGAAGAAAGUUGA